AUGAUACCUUGCUCUGAUGAUGUUCGUCAGGUGACGGACAAAAGCUUGGCACCUGUUCACCGGAAUCGAAGGGGAUUGCCUCAAAACAUGAAUGUUCAAGUAAAGCCAAUCGACGGCUGGUCAAGAGGAGUCCGCCGUCGUCUUCUGGUGGAACCGACCUUCGAAUCUUUUCAGCCAACACUUCCACUCGAAAUGGAACUCACCAUUACAGGUAAAAUGAUUUUGUCUCAUCGAAAACCGAAGGAGGAUCACAGCUUCGGGAAGAUUGUUGAAUUGUACGAAGAAGUCUUCGGCUCACCGUCCUGCGACCCCGAUGAAAGUGUGCUAAGCUUCCGUCUGUACUGUGACAGUCAUCAUAAGAGCAGGUAUGCAUACUUCACGAAAUAG